AAGUGGAAUCUCGUUGGCGUCGCUCCCAGCUCGGGACUCGCGGAGUGGCACUGGGCAUGCUCAGUCGCCUGAGCCCGUCCUAGUCUCAAGUAGGAGGAAGCUCGUGUGCUGCACCCGCAGCUGAUACGGCGCUCGGUGGAGGGCGAGACUGGAGCGGAGCUGUCGGGCGCCGUAGCGGAGGCCGGACCCCGUAGCCGAGGCGAGUACCGCGCACACCACCGGUCGGAGCUGCUUGGGUGAGCUGCCGCGGCCCGUAGCCAAGCAUGCUGUGGUCGGAUCUGCCCAGCUGUGGAACAGAAACAUUUGCUGGAUGGAAAAUCCAUAAAAGAAAGCUGCUGUGAAAGCCUGAGACAGACCAUAACUUAAGCAAAAUCAGAUAUAUUCGGGCUGCCUGACCUCAUUGAGUGAUUACUAUUAACAGACUUCGUGGGAAAAGGGAACUUGCCUUCUGAGCUUUGUACCAAAGACCUGGGAAAACCACCCCUCCCAGUCUUUCCCAAGUGCUCGGAAACGGCGAGGCCCCCGCCGAUGUGCUGACUGGUCGCUAUGGGCAGACGGUCCGCGGAGGCUCACCGUCGUCCAGGCAGCUCCUAUUGCAAAUUAUAACCCAUUUCCGGCGCCAUUGCUGACAUCCAGUGAUCCAUGUCAGAAGUACUUCCAGCCGACUCAGGUGCAGACACUGUGGCAGUGUUUAUGGCCAGCAGCGGCACCACGGAUGUCACGAAUCGGAACAGCCCGGCCACCCCACCAAACACCCUCAACCUCCGUUCCUCCCACAAUGAACUGUUGAACGCUGAAAUCAAGCACACAGAGGCCAAGAACAGCACGCCCCCAAAAUGCAGGAAAAAAUAUGCACUAACUAACAUCCAGGCAGCCAUGGGCCUCUCGGAUCCAGCUGCACAGCCCCUGCUGGGAAAUGGCUCCGCCAACAUCAAGCUGGUGAAGAACGGGGAGAACCAGCUCCGGAAGGCUGCGGAGCAGGGCCAGCAGGACCCCAACAAAAACACCAGCCCCACUGCGGUCAUCAACAUAACUUCUGAGAAGUUAGAAGGUAAAGAGCCCAACCCACAGGAUUCCUCGGGCUGUGAAAUUUUACCCUGCCAGCCCCGGCGAACCAAGAGCUUCCUAAAUUACUAUGCAGACCUGGAAACCUCAGCCAGAGAACUAGAGCAGGACUUGAGUGGCCAGCACCGGGUUGCGGAAGAGAAGGCCCCGCUGGGCCCGGGCCAGGCCUCCACCGUCAUUGGGAACGGAGAUGUACUGCUGCAGAACCCAAACAAGCCCCAGUUCAGCCCUGAAGACGGCCAAGUAGCCACAGUGUCGUCCAGCCCGGAGACCAAGAAGGAUCAUCCUAAAACAGGGGCCAAGACGGACUGUGCGCUGCACCGGAUCCAGAACCUGGCGCCCAGCGAUGAGGAGUCCAGCUGGACCACACUGUCCCACGACAGCGCCUCACCCAGCUCCCCGGACGAGACAGCAGAUAUAUGGAGUGAUCACUCAUUUCAGACCGACCCAGAUUUGCCUCCUGGCUGGAAAAGAAUCAACGACGUGGCUGGGACCUAUUACUGGCACAUCCCCACAGGAGCAACGCAGUGGGAACGCCCUGUCUCCGUCCCCGCAGAUCUCCAGGGCUCUAGGAAAGGGUCCCUUAGCUCUGUAACACCGUCUCCCACCCCCGAGAACGAGAAACAGCCAUGGAGUGAUUUUGCUGUUCUGAAUGGGGGAAAGAUUAAUAGUGACAUUUGGAAGGAUUUGCAUGCAGCCACGGUUAACCCGGACCCCAGUCUAAAAGAGUUUGAAGGAGCAACCCUGCGCUAUGCAUCUUUGAAACUCAGAAAUGCCCCACAUGCUGAUGAUGACGAUUCUUGUAGUAUCAACAGUGACCCAGAAGCCAAGUGUUUUGCUGUGCGCUCGCUGGGAUGGGUGGAGAUGGCAGAGGAGGACCUCGCCCCCGGGAAAAGCAGCGUGGCUGUCAACAACUGCAUCCGGCAGCUUUCUUACUGCAAAAACGACAUCCGGGAUACGGUCGGCAUUUGGGGAGAGGGCAAAGACAUGUACCUGGUCCUGGAGAACGACAUGCUCAGCCUGGUGGACCCCAUGGACCGCACCGUGCUCCACUCACAGCCCAUCGUGAGCAUCCGCGUGUGGGGCGUCGGCCGGGACAAUGGCCGAGAUUUUGCCUAUGUAGCAAGAGACAAAGAUACAAGAAUUUUGAAAUGUCAUGUAUUUCGAUGUGAUACACCAGCAAAAGCCAUCGCCACAAGUCUCCACGAAAUCUGUUCUAAGAUUAUGGCCGAACGGAAGAAUGCCAAAGCCCUGGCCUGCAGCUCCCUACAGGAAAGGACCAACGUGAACCUUGACGUUCCCUUACAAGUAGAUUUCCCAACGCCAAAGACCGAGCUGGUGCAGAAGUUCCACGUGCAGUACCUGGGCAUGUUACCCGUGGACAGACCAGUCGGAAUGGAUACCCUGAACAAUGCCAUAGAAAGUCUAAUGACCUCAUCCAACAAGGAGGACUGGCCGUCGGUGAACAUGAACGUGGCCGACGCCACUGUGACUGUCAUCAGUGAAAAGAAUGAAGAGGAAGUCUUAGUGGAGUGCCGAGUGCGAUUUCUGUCCUUCAUGGGCGUCGGGAAGGACAUCCACACCUUUGCCUUCAUCAUGGACACUGGCAACCAGCACUUCGAGUGCCACGUCUUCUGGUGCGAGCCAAACGCCGGCAACGUUUCCGAGGCGGUGCAGGCCGCCUGCAUGUUGCGAUACCAGAAGUGCUUGGUAGCCAGGCCACCUUCACAGAAAGUGCGGCCGCCGCCUCCGCCAGCGGACUCCGUGACCAGAAGAGUCACGACCAAUGUAAAACGCGGGGUCUUAUCCCUCAUUGACACUUUGAAACAGAAACGCCCGGUCACAGAAACGCCAUAGCUGCGUAUGGUAAAGGAUCCCGUAACACUGACCUGGAGAUGGGACAGCUACACUCACGGUGAAGAACUGCUACCCGGCCUUCCAUUCGGCUGCUGCUGAUGCUUUGUCUUCAGAGAACUCACCCUUAACCACACAGUGUUAGACAAGCAUGUUCUCUUGUCUUGCCACCGUCAUGUGAUAGGGAAAGAAGCAUGACUUCUUUUUUUUGCUGUCAGUAAGUUACACCAUGAGCAGUGGAAGGUCUUUUUCUUAUUGUAAAUAUCGUGGAUAUCACUUAACUUCACACACACACACACAGAAGAAUGCGGCCGCACCCCUCCUCACGAACUGAUGCUGCGUCCUCAGCGUGAAUGACGCCUGGGUUAGUUUCGUUGUCCUCUCGACUGGAUCUGUCACCACAACUUCACGUCCUGCAGCACUUUGCCCUGUUUCCCACGUUGGAGUAGACACUGUGUCCCAGAAACCACUGAAAUGCUGUAAAACUAGGACGAUGAGUUUUUGUGUUAGUUACUCACAAUGUUGAACCUUUUGGUUGGUCUGUUGGCAUCAGUGUGGAGGCCAGCUGGUGGCUUUCCAUGACGAGCUCUUUGACACACAGACACCGUUUCAUGUUUAUUCAUGUCACGUCAAACAGCUGUUUGUGGGAUAUUGGAAGAAAGUGAAACUCAAAACUGAAAACAAACCAAAUUUCAGAAAUUAAAAUCAAACAAAAAUAGCCUUUCUUUUCCGAUGGUUUUCAAACCGAUCAAGAAAGAGGUUAACAAAGUCACAAUGCAUCUUGGAUGGGACAUACUCAAACUUCUGCCUUAUAUUGUACAAUGCAACUAGAGAAGUGAAGUUCACUAGGGCCAUUCUCUACAUAAACCACAUUAAAAUGAAAUAUUCCUCGGAAGCUUUUUUUCCUUAGUUCAGUAAUUAGCCAAUAUGCAAUUUGCAUUUGAGGAAACGUCAUCUCUAGUGUAGGUCGUUGCCGAGGUGUGUCAUUGGUCUGCUUCCUAGGUAAACGUUCUGCCAGGGUUCUGCAUCUAGGUCAGUCUCACCCCGAUGCUUUUUGUCCGGGAAGCUGUCUGUCCAUCAUGUAUUUUCCAUGGCAACAAAUUACAUUAAAUUGAACCUGCUCGACUUUAUGUAUUUACUGUUAGAAUUUGUUGGACUCCACUAGAUAUAUUUUUAAAUUUAUAUUGUUUCCGUUAUAUUUUCAAGAUUAAACAAUUUCAUAUCAGAGCAAAAUGUACAUAAGAGCAAUGUACUGCUUAAUAAGUUUCCCCAAACUGGGGCUUCCCUGCUCCUCCGUCUGGAUAUGAAACUUGGCUCUAAGGUUCAGAUUUAGACCCUUGUUAACACUAUUUUAUAAGAGAUUUGCAAAAGAGAUCAAUCUAAACUUUAGUCUUGCUUUUAAUGUCAAAAUUUACACUUUACAGUGAUAAAAGUAACUGCUCUGUGUUUAUCCUCUGCUACGUACUUGUCUAACGGUUUUCACAUUCUUACCACAUUAGAGCCUUAUAAGGGAGAGAAGGUACUAAACACAUCUGAGAAAUAAAAACACAGAGUACCAGAGGCCCAGUCACCUGGCCUCAGGUCUCACGAAAGUUAGGGCCCAUGCUUCCUAACUCCCAGUUUUAAGUCACGCCGUUUCCAUGCCCACCAGGACAUCUUUCCACAGCUCCUCUGGGCAUACGCAGUGGUAUGAAUUACAACCCUUGCUUCCUCGCAGCCCAGGACUGUUCUCCUGCAGCGUGCGUCAGGCGUGUUGCCAAGGCAGGAGUUUACACGCAGGCCACAGCCUGUUCAACGCCUGUUCAACCCACAGGUGAUGUGCCAUGUGGCGGCGGCCUUCCUGCCUCUGUCCCCUCUCAGUCCUGGAAUGUUCUGGCACCUUAGUGUCAGGGCAGAAAAGAUGCCACUCUAGACUACAGUUCUCACCAGCCUGUACCCUUGUAUCUGGGCCACUACCACCUUAAGGAGUUACUGCGUUAAGAAAAUCCUCAGCGUGCCCUUUGAAAGCUGUUUGAAAUUCAGGGAUGAUCGCCUUCCACCUUGAUCCCCACACGUGAUCCUCAUCAUAUUAGUAUGAUGAACCUCAAACGCUGACAGCUGAUACAGUUUCAUCUUGGCAGUCUCCACCAGAGUCCCCUGUUCCUUUUAAGGCACACGUUUGGUCGUUUUCAGGGUCAAGAAUACUGAGCUAGCUCUAAGUAGCCAACUGACUUACAUAUGCAAUUAGAGGACACACAGAUGAACGACAGCCUCUCCAUAUUGAAAACUUCACUGCAGCUACUUUGUUUUGAAGAUAGCUUUGCAUACUAAAUGCAUUUUUGUAAAAUAACUAUGUUAAACAGUAUGUUCAGACACUUUCUGCCAUGGCCAAAAAGUAUGUAUGGAAGUGUGUGUGCACUUUUCCGUGAAAGGGUGCCGGUGUGCUACCCGAUAUUGUAGCGCCUCUUCAGUUAUCUAUGCAUUCUUUCUAUCUGUGAUUCGGUAAACAGGCAGCCAUGCUCACGAUGCCUUGUAUGUCUUACCAUUUUUUUAAUUAACUUGUUAAAUACAGCUUAAAAUAUUUUAUUUAUUCUAUUUUUACUGAAAUAUACUGCAUUAUUGUGUUAAUGUAUUAUCUUUACUGGAUAUUCUCUCAGUGAACUAUAUACAUUGCCUAAAAGGUGGUUUUGUAAUGAUUUGUAGCCACAUUUUUAUUGGAAUAUGUAGAAGAAAAGGCAAAAUGCUUAAAGUUUCUUUUAUUUUUUAAACGCAGCCAGAUAGACACAGACCCGCCACCUCAUGGACACGCUCCUCUCGGCAGCAUCAAGGGGAGUGGCCAGCACGCCUGUGGCCGAAGUUUUUACUCGGCGAACUAGAGCACCGCCAGGGUGCUUCGUUUUUAUAUCCGUCCCGACAUGUGCGGUCUCAUCUGAAAGGCAGACACGUGUCCACCUGCCCUCUGUGUCCACCCAUCGCUGAUUAGAACCAUUGUUUUUGUUUGUGUCUUCCUGCAUGAAGGGACAUUAGACCAUUUCCAUUAAAAGAAGCUCUUGCUGAUAA